AUCUGCCAUCUUUCCAACUCACCGACACCUGUAAAUAAAUCCAGGAAAUUGUGGGAGUCAGACGCAAGCUUUACUAAUUCGUCGGUCUUGGGUUGCUUGAUAUUUAGCCAUGUCAGACUUUGACAGCAAUCCCUUCGCCGACCCAAAUGCGGCAAGCCCGUUUGCGGACCCUUCGGUACAGCAGGCAACACAAGGAGGACAAGGAGGAAGACAAGGAGGACUAGAUGAUUACAAUCCGUUUGCUGAUGGAGGCAACCAGACACGGCCUGCGGCAGGGGGACAGAACAGAGGUGGUAUUCCCCCUCCCCAACCCUCACAGCCUGGGGGUCAGCCAGCCAUCAUGCAGCCAUCAGAAGAGCCUCCACCGUACUCUGCCACCUCUGCCCAGAGAGUCAAUACAGAUGAUCUCCAAAAACGACAAGAGGAACUAGAAAAGAAGGCAGCAGAACUCCAGAGAAAGGAACAGGAAAUGAGAAACAUGCAGUUUCAAGAGCGACAGAACAACUGGCCCCCAGUCCCUAGUUGUUGUCCAGUAGGCCCAUGCUUUUACCAAGACUUCAGUGUCGAUAUUCCUCUUGAAUUCCAAAGGACAGUCAAACUUGUCUACUAUUUAUGGAUGUUUUACUGUAUAACUCUGUUCCUGAAUGUGCUAGGAAGUCUUGCCUACUUCAUUGCGGACGGGGAUGGUGGUGCCACAUUUGGGUUGUCUCUCGUCUGGUUUGUGCUGUUUACCCCUUGUUCCUUCAUCUGUUGGUACAGACCCUUGUACAAAGCAUUCAGGAGUGAUAGUUCCUUCAACUUCUUUGUUUUCUUCUUCAUCUUCUUUUUCCAAUUCAUUGUCUGUGUUAUCCAGGCCUUAGGAAUUACAAACUUUACAGUAGGGUGGAUUAAUUCUCUCGGUAUCGUUGGCCAACACACAUUCUCGGGAGCAGUGAUGUUAUUCAUUUCAUUUUUCUUUACUAUAUGCGCUGUUAUACAGAUCGUCAUGCUGAUCAAGGUGCAUAGAAUAUACCGAAGCACAGGGGCAAGCUUUACCAAAGCUCAGAUGGAGUUCUCUCAAGGUGUAAUGAAGAAUGAAGCUGUGCAAAAUGCCGCAUCUACUGCAGCACAAGGAGCAGUCAAAGGAAUGGCCAAUCAGUAUGGCACGUCAAACAAGUACUAGACUACACUGAGGAACCAACUGCACCCUUUCCAGUAGCAUACAAGUUCUUAAUGACUGUGACCAUCACAGUAGAGGGAACAAGAUAUUCGGGAAUAGUACUGUCUUGUGAUGUUGCUGAAAAUUUACCUGGUGUGUAUGGCCAGGUAUUGAGUACGUGCUAUGGUAAUUGUGAAGGCUGGACCUGGACGAUGUGAGAUGGUACUCUUAAAUAGCAUUGUUGUGGUUGUUCUCCAGUUAUCUCCCUUGUGUGAGCAGGAAGCUCUCAAUGCCACACAUACACCUGAUGAAAUGUUCUGAUUAACUGUGAAAUGAAAAACUUUGUUGUUGUUACAACAAACAUUGACUAGAAACUGUUUACUUUGAAAUUGAUGCUUAUAUGACCCUUUGGCUGAUUGGAUGUAGUUGAUUUAUUUCUUUUAUCAUUAGAGGUGUACUCAGAUAAUUUGUAGAAAAACAGGGGAUAGAAAAUAAAUGGUUAAAAUAGAAUUUUGUCAUAAAGGUUCUUCAAUUUUGAUAUUGUAACAUAAUGCAAAACCUAUUCAUAAUUAAAUGCAUAUGUUUUACUUUUCUACAUUAAACAUAAAGAUGUUAAAUGGCGAGAUAGUACAUGAAGGGAAACAUAAAAUGACAUUAUGUCUAGGUCUUUACAACACCUGAUAUAUUGCCAACAAACAUAUCAGUGCUAUUUAAGGUCUAUCAUGAGAUACAAAAUAUAAGAGAUUGUUUUCAGUCUUAUAUUCCACAAAUUGAAUUUUACACUAUAUUAUGAUGUGUAUAUAUGGGCGUGUGUCAGUAGACAGUCGUGAGGUAUGAAAGAUAAGCUUAACUUAUUCAUGUAGUGUGAUAUUAUAGUACUGUAAUCCUGUUAAAUGUUUGCUCUGCAAGAGAAAUAGGAAAGAUAGAGACUAGAUUCCAAUCGAUGUGAAAUCUAUCACAUAACACUACUCUGCAGUUAAUUGUUAAAAGUAUAAUUGCCUGUCUGAUUUGUUUCAACUAUGAAUAUAAAGAAAAUAAUCAAUGUGGCAUUGCCUGGUUAUGAUAAAAUCUUGUGAGUUAUCUGGAAAAUUUAGUUUGUGGAGACAGAAAUGUAGCCAGAGAUUUGGUGUCCUGGAAUGAAAUGUGGAGAUUUUAGAGUUUGUGGAUUGGAAUGUAGUUGAGGUGUUGAUGUUCUGAUGUGUCUAAAUGUUACAAUCUGUCACUCUCUUAGCCAGAUAGGUGUCGUCAUUUUUCCCGUUUCAUUUUAUUCUCUUUAGGUGAAGAUGUCAAAUAGUGAUAUGAAUUAAGAUAUAUCUUGUAAAGCGGUUUUAGGUUGGUGUAUAUGAAGUGCUAUUCAAUUAUCAAGUACAUUAUUGUCCAUUGACACGGAAGUUCAGACUUUUCACAUUAAGCUGAUUUAUAAAUAUGUAUAUUUUUUUUCUUUAUUCAUGAUUUAUUCAUUCAAAGUAAAGGAAUUAGGAUCAAAUGAAGUAAUACUAUUCUUUAACUACUUAACAGUGAAAAUUGGAUUUUUAAAAAACUAGUGAAGCCAAAGCUAAAACAUUUUUUUCUUAUUUACUGAAGUUGUCUGAUUUCAGUUUUGAUUGGGGAGUUUUGUUUGUAUUCAAUCAGGUAACAUUUUGAUAUUAAUGCUGUUGUUUUUACUUGGCUGUGUUUCAUUGAUUGAAUCAUUUCUUAUUGUUAAUUAAGUACACAUGUGUGUUAGCACAGAUUUUAUCACCCAUAACUAACGUUAUAUAUAUUCAAUAAUCCAGUUUUUUUUCUAUUUUCUGUAGAUGCAAUGUCUAUAGUGUAAGUGCUGCUUUUAUAUUCCAUCUGAAGAGACUUACUUGUAACAGCAGUAGGAAUAAUUGUCUUUUGUAAGUUGAGUUAUAACUAAAAUUCAAACUUAAGUACAAAAUGUUAUUUAUUUAAGCGGUUGUUAACUAAGCUUAUAAAACAUUUUGCUUUUCAUUGUUGUUGAAUCGGAUUUCUGCUGUUGGAAAUACCUAUAGAAUCUGUAUCAGUCAGAUCUAUUAAAUUAGAUACAGGGGUUACAUUUGUUAUCAAAUUCUGAAAGGUUAGACUGGAUUAUAGACAAACACAUUGGCCUGAUAGUGUUUUAUGCUGAUUUUGGUCACCGAUAGAUGAACAAUUUGUGUGAUGUGAACAAAAACCCUUGUAAUUGGUAUUACAGAACUGAGAUUAUUAAAAACCUUUAAAGGCACAUGUUACGUGUAUGUUUCAUUUUUGAAGAUAAACAAUAUCAUAUUUUUUCAAGCUCAUAAAUGAAGGUAUGGAGUUGGUAGAGUUGAUCUGAAUGUUACUGUGCUAGUGUAUAGAAACUUUCUUACUCAGCAGCAGAUGAUUAGGUAUGUCUAUUGUAUGGUUAGAAAGUACAUUGUUAAUGCUGUGUUUUAGUACUUAAUAUCAUGUUCUUUAACAGGUAUUCUUUAUAAAGUGGAAUCAAACCCUCUUAAACAGAUUAAACAGUUAAUUUAGUAUGUGACCCAUUCUUGGGCAAAAAGUAAGAAUUUUAUGUCCUUGUUGUGAAAUAAACUGGGAUCAAAGUAUUUAACUCUCAGUCUGUCAGACUUUGGUAACAUUUAGCACAGGGAUCUGUUUCUCUGUCAGCAGUUCAGAAGGAACUUCUUACAUUGAUACCUUCAUCAGUUUUUCUAAUUUGUUUUAUUGUGUUGUUAAAAGCUUGACUAUUUUACAUUUCUGACACAUUUUGAAUUUUGAUAGUUUUCAGAUUUGCCUGAAAGAUGUAAUAGAAAGUUUUUCUGUAAGUCUCAGAUUCCAGGAGUGUCUAGUUAAGUCUCAAAUGAAGUACUGAUUUUCUGUGGAUUAUAACUAGUAACUAGAAAGACUUUAGUCACGUAAAACUUCAUUUACACUCAAGUAUUAAACCAAUCUUUUCAUUUGAGUAUUUUUAUGGUACAUGUAUUGAUUUCAAAUUCUGAAGAAGAACGAGUGUUUGUACUGAUUGUAUUAAGUUGUAGGAUUGUUGGGUUAUAUUUAUAUGACCAUGAACCAUUGAUAUAUAAAGGUGAGACAAACAUUCCAGAUUUUCAUCGCCCAUAAUCACUUAACAGUGCUCAUUCAACUACCGCUGAUAUUCUUGCAUCAGGAAGACCCUGUUUUAGUUAAGCCAACAACCUGAAUGCAGGAAAAUAUGUAAAUGUAUAUUCAGUUGAGGAAAGGGUCAAUAAAAAAAUUCAAAUAACUUUCAAACAUUGAUGAAGAUACAAGUGAAUAAACACCAUAUGCCUAAGUUGUAAGAAGAACAGUUUAAAAAAAAAGAUUUAACACUAUUAGUGUUUCUGAAGUAAGAUUACUGUUUUUGUUAGGUAAUUGCUGAAUUAUGAAAACCACUAAAACAAGAGUUAGUCCUGAAAUAGAUAUCUGUACAAUAAUUUACAAAUAGAAAACAUAUGGCUAAUGCACUUCAUGUUAUGCUUUUUUUUAUAAAUAAGAUAUUCAACAGUUCAUUUUAAUCAUAUUCUAGAAGUUGUUGUAACCUUGCAUAACACUUUUUACAACAUCUGUACCAAGGACUAGGCUGAGAGAUGUGCACAGAGUAUGAUUCUCUGCGAGAAUGUUAUUGAUGGAAGGAAAAGGAUGAAGACAGCAGGUGAACAGCUGUCAGUGUUGUGAAUUCUGGAAAUUUGCACCAUGGGGUUUGCAAUAAAACUUAGCUUGUUUUUUAUAUGUGAUAUUAUGUAAUGUUAUAUAUAAGUGCACUCUGGUCAUUAAAGAUUUAAGGUAUCGGUGGUGGUCAAACUCAUAUAUUGGAUUGUAUUUUAUGCAAUGAAAUCAUUAUCAAUAAGAUCAAAUCGGGAAAGGAAUGUCUGUUCAACUGUUGGUUUUUAAUACAUGCCUUUGUAAACUGUUUCAUUGCUUUUGUUUUACAUUUGUACUUCAGUGCUUGUGUGAAAGUAAACUAUGUUGAAUUGUAUGCUACAAUUCGUUCCUUGUAGUGUGCAAAUGUUUGGAAAUAGAUUCACAAUUGACUAUAACAAGUAAAUUUUAUUACCAGCUAUACCUGUAAGCAUAAAUGUUUUUGUUAAGGUACAGGUUAUAAAGUGUCAACAGUUUACUAAGAGUUGUGUGGAUGGCUGUCACACAUAUUCAGGCUUUAUUGUUAUCAUGUGUUGUUUGUAAAUAUUUGUAUUUAGUAUAUGUACUCUUGUUCUCCGAUUUUAAAUUCUGACCUAGACCAUAUGUACAGUUCACAAUAUCCUCCACAUCAUUACUGUCUGUUCAACAUUAAGUCUCUGUUUUUAUGUAAUUGUCUCCCUUUAGUACACCCAGUCCCUUGUUACUGUGUAUUCAUGUGUAGGUAGGAGCAAUUCUUAAAUGUAAUUAUUAGAGAGCUUUAACUCUUCAAAGUUUUCUCAUCUUAUUCUGAAGACAAUUUAACCUGUCUAUACAGGAACUUGUGUAGGAUAGACACUUAUAUAAAUCAGAUUUUGAGUAGAGCCUCUACAGUGAAACCUGUCUUAAGCCAAAACUGUAUAUGGACAUCUGUAAAAAAUAGAUCUACUAUUGGCAAUUUGUUUACAUUUUUGAAUUAAAACAGAUCUAAAACCUCUCUUUUCUGCUUAAAGAAAAUGAUUUUUCCUGUUGCUUGGUUAGACAGAUUUCACUGAUGAGGGAAACUAUUUAUUGUGUAUAUGAUACAAGAUUCCUCUAUAACAGUAUUCCUUCCUGUUUAUUAGUGUUUGUUUCAUCACAGUUGAUAGUUAAUUUUUGAAUAUCUUGUGAUUGAAAACAAAAUUAUUCUUCAAUUCAUCAGAUAUAUUUUUCACCUUCUAGUAAAUAUUUUCAUAUUGCAUUCAAGUCAGAUCCAGAUACAACUGCAGAAAUUAAGAAAAAAGACCCAAUUAUUUAACCAAGGAAGUAAUGGUCAGGUUCCAAAUCACUUUCAGGUUGUGUAGUAUGUAUCUGGGUGUGAGACUUGUCAUUCUAUGAACUUGUUCCCCUUUUGUUAUGGUUAUAAGAGUAUAGGCUAGUUAGCACAUGAGGUCAUGAGAGAAUGAACCUCACAAAUAAAGUGAUAGGAGGUUUGAGUGAGUGAGAUGUAUAGAUAUUAUAGUAUUCUUCAUCGUAUUAACUUUAUGUAUGGUCAAGUUUAUCUGUAAAUAAACAUUACAGUGUG